AUGUCAUCGAGGCCAGUCCAGGGGCGGGCGGGCGCAGUGAGGGCGGCCCAACGCCCCAGCCAGAUCGCAAGUCUUUCGACACCAAGAACCCCAAGUCUCCGGCGCCCCGUUCCAAAGUCGUGCGGUCCCCAGAAGAUCACUGCUCCCUCCACGACCACCGAGUCACGUCCGCACAGGAAAGACAAAGGUAGACCCGAAGAAGACGACGAUGACGACGAAGACGAAGAGGAGGACGACGAGGUUCCCGAGCGUCCUCCUGUCCCCCGAAGCCACACCCCUGGUCACCUGUCUACCAAGAGCCAGGACCGCAGACGAAAGCCUUCCGAGUUGUCCAUUCGACAGCGCUCCCAAUCCGCCUCCCAAGCGUCUCUCCACAGCUCGUCCAAGGCGCCCAAAACACCUCUGUCGUCGACAAGCACCUCGUCUCUCGCGCCGAAACCGCCGCCGUCCAUGCCCCCGGGCAAACAUGCCGCCGAGGCUGAAUCCGCUCCUACGAGCGCUGAUGGUCGCGACAGAGACUCCCGCCGCCCCAUGGCGCUGCGUUCUACGUCGGCAAUAGCCGGAAGGCCGACACCUGGCCCGACACCGUCUCGUACCGCGAGCACCGUACACUCGAGCAGCGUCCACGCGCACACGCGAGCGCCUCCGCAGCGCGGCCAGUUUACGGCCUUUCCCCCUCUGCAGGACCCCAAAACGGCGCCCGACGUGCCCCCAGCGCCAGCCUCGGGCAUGUACUGGUCUCGAGCCCCCGUCUCUGGCGCUCCGCACACCUCGCUGCGGGCGCACACGACCACCCUCGUAGGGUCCAACAUUUUCGUCUUUGGCGGUUGCGACUCGCGAGCCUGCUUCAACGAGCUCUACGUCUUCGACGCCGACGCGUUCUACUGGUCUGCACCCCACGUCGUGGGCGACAUACCCGUGCCCCUGCGCGCCAUGACGGCGACGGCUGUCGGCAAGAAGCUCAUCGUCUUUGGCGGCGGCGACGGCCCGGCCUACUACAACGACGUCUAUGUGCUCGACACGACGACCUUUCGCUGGUCGCGACCGCGCAUCCUCGGCGACAGCGUCCCGUCCAAGCGCCGAGCGCACACGGCCUGCCUGUACAAGAACGGCAUCUACAUCUUUGGCGGCGGCGACGGCGUCCGCGCCCUCAACGACAUUUGGCGCCUCGACGUCAGCGACGUGAACAAGAUGUCGUGGCGCCUCGCCCGCGGCUACCACACGGCCAACAUGGUCGGCAGCAAGCUCAUCAUCUACGGCGGCUCGGACGGCGGCGAGUGCUUCAACGACGUCUGGGUGUACGACGUCGACGCGCAGGCGUGGCGCCUCGUCGACAUACCCGUCACCUACCGCCGCCUGUCCCACACGGCGACGCUCGUCGGCUCCUACCUCUUCAUCAUUGGCGGCCACGACGGCAACGAGUACGCCAACGACGUGCUGCUCCUCAACCUUGUCACCAUGUCGUGGGACCGCCGCCGCGUCUACGGCCUGCCGCCGAGCGGCCGCGGCUACCACGGCACCGUUCUUUAUGAUAGUCGGCUGUUCACCAUUGGAGGCUUCGACGGCAGCGAGGUGUUUGGCGAUGUCUGGAUCCUGGAGCUGGCGGUGCAUGCGUAUUACUCGCAGAUCAGCCACUUUACCAUUGAGGUGUAG